GGUCUCCUCGCUCGUUCCGCCAAUCUCUUUACUGGCAAAUCGUUCGGCGUCGGGCUAUACGACGCAGACGUCCCCCGGCCCAAGCCUGCAAAGAACGAAGUCCUCAUCCGCGUUCGCGCGGUCGCACUCAAUCCUAUCGAUGUCAAAUUCGUCGACUUCAUCGCGCCGCCAGGAGCAAUCGCGGGAUGCGACUUUGCCGGAGAAAUCGCAGAGAUCGGUGAAACGGCACAGGCAUGGAGCCUCAAAGACCGGGUUGCAGGAUUCGUGCAGGGCAGCAUCGACACCGACGGCUCUUUCGCAGAGUACAUCAAGAUUGAAGCGGAUCUAAUCUGGAAGGUGCCAGAUGGGGUGAGCUACGAGGAAGCCGCGACGUUCGGGAUCCCUGCUGCCACGGCCAUGCAGGCGCUGCACCUCCACCUCGACGUACCCUGGCCGGAUGCUGCGGGGGGAAAGACAUCGCCUGCGGGGCCGCUUUUCGUGUACGCGGGAUCUAGUAGCGUUGGUUUGUUCACGAUUCAGAUGGCGAAGCGAGCGGGCUUGACCGUCGUAGCGACCGCGUCACCGCAUUCCUUUGAUCUCGUCAAGAAGUACGGCGCGGACCGAGUGUACGACUACCGUGACCCACUGGUGGCGCGAGAGAUCGCGACCGCGUAUCCGAAUAUCACGCGUGCUGUCGACUGCUUCUCAGAGGGCAAGUCGACCCAGUUCUGUGCAGAGAUCAUGCGCAAAAACGGCGGCAAAGUCGUGACGCUGCUUGAGACCAAGAUCAGCGUUCCGGGCGUUGAGGUGAAACCGAUCAUGUCUUUCCAGCUCCUGGGGCGCGCAUUCGCCUGGUUGCCUCCAAUUGGACCCGCAUAUCCUGCUUCGUCGAGCGACCGCGAUGCCCUUGUUAGAUUCUAUGCGAUUCUGCCCGAGUUCGCGAACGCCAUCAAAGCGCCGCCUAUUACCAUGAUAGAUGGCGGGUUCGAAGGAAUUCUUGACGGUCUGGAUAGACUGCGGACGAAGACCAUCUCGGGAUCCAAACUCGUCAUCAAAUUGUGAUGGACGAAAUAUGUCGUGGACGAGAGCAAACAUCAGGUUGAAGUGUGUUCGUCAACGCAUGAUGGAACCAAUUGGGAUGUACCAGCAAAGUGGCAAGUUUGUUGCAGAUUUUUGAGCUAUAAUACCCCUUAAAUCAGUUGAAAAAAAAAGAUAACCAUGUCAAGAUUGCCAACAACACACCUAA